ACCGCAUUGUCAUACCUUAUGAACGUGGACGUUUUCCGUGCCCGCUGCGCUAUAGGAUCAAGUGAGCGGGAGAAGGUUCGAGGAGGAGGACGUGGAGCUGCGGACCGCCCGGUUCAAACGUUUGGACAUGUGAAUCACCGCGGGAGACUUUUACCGGAACUGAAUUUGGACUUUUUCAACGGAGUGUCAUGUUUUUCAUAUUCUUUGCUAUUGGUCUCGACUGCAGAGGAGCCGCGGUGAGUCGGAUAUCAGUGCGUGAGGCACGUUAACACCCGCAGACCGGGGGGGAGAGAGAGGGAGAGAGGAUGGUGAGACUGGAGGUCGGCUUGAAGAAGUGAAAAUCCAAUAUUCCGGAAACAAAAGAGUUAGAACUCAUUCACAGCCCGGAAUUUUACAGUGUGGAAUCAUCGGAGUUGUUCAAAAACCCAGCCACUCCGCCGUCUCUCCGUGUGUGGAGGUAAAUGAUCAUUUUCGUCCAUUUUCCUGGAAUAGAGCUCAACAUUUUUUCUAGUUGUGGAUUUUUCCCAUCACACCUGCGACUGUCGGCGGGGGGGGGGUCGAUGGAGAGAGGAGGACACCGCCAGGAGACGAAGGGAACGUUGUCCACGCGAUAAAAAGGUGGAGAAAGGCGGCCUCGCCGAUUUGUUUUAUUCUGCCCGGAAUUACGAGAUCGACGCACGGAUGGAGGAAUGAAACCAUGGGCGAAACACGCAGAAAGAGAGAUCGACAAAGGGGGGAGAAGUGGGGGAUGCAGUCGUAGGGCGCUGUGAGAAUGCAAAUCGAACGCACCCCGCUGCGAAACUGGCUCGAACUCUAAACCUGAGCGGAAUUUAACACCGACCGGAGGAGAUUAUCGUACACACCACCCACGAUACAUUAUCGUGAGGACUAUAUUGACUACACGGAGAGUUCCUCGGUGCGGAGUUACAGUGGAGGUGUUUCCAUCAUGGAAUUAGAAAAGUUGAUUGGACGGUGAACCCACAGCUGCACCCGGAGAAGAACAGUCAACCUAACGACGUUGGAGCGACACCAGGACGGUACCGCUGCAGUAACAUGUGACUCCUGCGGCACGGUACCGUACACUGUUGGAUCUUGGAAGGUGCUGUGUCCGUGGGGGGGGGGGCAGUAACCAUGGAGAGGCUGUUGCUGUGUUUGAUGGUGGCAGUUUCCAUGGCAGUGCGAGCUCAGAUCUGCCCCAAACGCUGCGUGUGUCAGAUCCUGUCACCCAACCUGGCAACCCUGUGUGCCAAGAAAGGCCUCCUCUUCGUGCCCCCCAACAUCGACAGACACACCGUGGAGCUGCGGCUGGCCGACAACUUCGUGACCAGUGUGAAGAGGAAAGACUUUGCCAACAUGACGCGGCUGGUCGAUCUGACCUUGUCCAGAAACACCAUCUCCUACAUCACACCUCACGCCUUUGCUGAUCUGGAGAACCUCCGAGCCCUGCACCUGAACAGUAACCGCCUGACCAGGAUAGGCAACGAUACGUUCAGUGGCAUGUCCAAGCUCCACCACCUGAUCCUGAACAACAACCAGCUGGUACUGAUACACCAGGGGGCGUUCAACGACCUGCUGGCACUGGAAGAACUGGACCUGAGUUACAAUAAUCUGGACUCCAUUCCAUGGGAGGCCAUACAGAGAAUGACCAGCCUUCACACACUGAGUUUAGACCACAACAUGUUGGACGUGAUCCCAGAGGGAACCUUCUCACUGCUGCAGAAACUCAACCGACUGGACGUCACCUCCAAUAAACUCCAGAAGUUACCCCCCGACCCUCUGUUCCAACGAGCUCAGGUCUUGGCCACCUCUGGGGUCAUGACCUCCUCGUCCUUUGCCUUGUCCUUUGGGGGGAACCCCCUCCACUGUAACUGUGAGCUGCUGUGGCUGAGGCGGUUGAACCGGGAGGACGACCUGGAAACCUGUGCCUCCCCCCAACACCUGUCUGGACGCUACUUCUGGUCCGUCCCAGAGGAGGAGUUCCUGUGUGAACCGCCGCUGAUCACCAGACACUCACAUGAGAUGAGGGUGCUGGAAGGACAACGAGUGGCACUGAGGUGUAAAGCCCGAGGUGACCCAGAACCAGCCAUCCACUGGAUCUCUCCAGAUGGUAAACUGGUGUCCAACUCCUCCAGGACUUUGGUCUAUCCCAACGGUACCUUGGACAUCCUGAUCAGUACCGUGAAGGACACGGGUUCCUUCACCUGCAUCUCCUCCAACCCUGCUGGUGAAGCCCACCAAACAGUGGAGCUGCUCAUCAUCAAACUGCCUCACAUUUCCAACAACACCAACAACAUCCAGGAACCCGACCCCGGGUCUUCGGAUAUUUCCACAUCGUCCCGCGGCGGAGGCAACGGGGGCAACGUGACGGGGGACGUGAAGAGCGGCGGCGACAAACGGGUGGUGACGGCCGAGGCCACGUCCUCGACGGCACUGAUCAAGUUUAACUUCCAGAGGAAUAUUCCGGGCAUUAGGAUGUUCCAGAUUCAGUACAACGGGAGUCAGGACGACUCGCUGGUUUACAGGUAGGGAUCGGUACCCCCCUCCAGUAAGAACUUCCUGGUCAACAACCUGGCAGCAGGGACCCUGUACGACCUGUGCGUGCUGGCCAUCUACGAUGACGUCAUAACCUCCCUGACAGCGACCCGUGUGGUGGGCUGUGUGCAGUUCUCCACCCAGACGGAGUACAUGAGGUGUCAGUUCAUGCAGUCUCAGUUCCUGGGGGGGACCAUGAUCAUCAUCAUCGGGGGGGUCAUCGUGGCCUCCGUCCUGGUGUUCAUCAUCAUCCUGCUGAUACGGUACAAGGUGUGUAACCACGGUGACGGUGCUAAAGGUGUUUCACUGUCCAUGACCAACGUUCACUCCCAGACCAACGGGCAGCAAACACGGGGCUGCACCGUGACCCCCAGCGGCUCCAAGCACGACCUCCCAGGAGGCACCAAGAGACGGAGCGGAGCGGCAGGAGGAGACGACGGCGACGACGGUAAAGACUUGUUGAUCCGGUCCUCGGACCCCUCCCCGCCCGACUUCACCUCCGCGUCGGGGCUCAGCGCGCCGUGGGCGGCCAGGAGUCCCACGGCCGCAGAGGAGGAGAGGAAGAAAGGAGGUGAGGAGAGGCCUCCUGCUGGCAUCUCCUCCCCCGCUGCCCCCCCCACUUCACUGCCCAAACCAAAGCGAAAGCGCUCUCCUCCUCUUCCACCGUCUCCUCUCUGCUUCCCUUCGACCACCGUUUUAGAGAACACCAACUUCAACAACUCCACCUCGCUCCACCAGACCUCACCCCCCUUUCUCCCCCUCCACUUCUCCAAACAUCUCGCCGCAGCGAGCCCCGUUCCGUCCGUUCGAUUCAGAGAUACGCCCGUUCUGCGUCGGGCUCCGCGGGCCUCCUCCUCCUCCUCCUCCUCCUCCGCCGCCGCCGCCGCUGCUCACUCCUCCACCAAGUACCAGACUCUCCCUGUAGAAGAAGGAGCGAGGAGCAAAGCGAGGAGGAGGUACUCGCUGAGCGAAGGAGGUUCAAAGACUCACUCGUCUCUUCAGGGGGGAGGAGCCCCCGGUCUGGGCCGCUUACUGCGCAACAAGCGGAGCCAAUCAAUGAGCGGGAUGCUCCUCCCCAAAGACGGAGACGAGGACUCGGAGAAAGGCCAGUGUGACUCGGACUGGAUUUUAGAAAGUACCGUCUGAAGACGAGUCGCUGCACUGUCGUACGGAUGGGUUUCUACACUGUGUGUGUUCGUGUGUGUGUGCGUGUGUGUGUGUGUGGGGGGGGUGAGCUUUGCUGUUCAGGACAUUGUUUUGGGUUGUUUUAUUUUGGUGUGACGUGGACGGUGUGUGACGUGUUGUCCUGUAGGGGGCGCCUGCAGGAGUGUGCGUCUGUUUUUUUCAAAGCUCUCUCUUCAGUUUUGUUGACGUUUCUUCUGGCUCGUCCAGUGAGUAGGAAACCUGUCUCGUCCUCCUGUUCGUCUCAUCCUUUUAACUUUAGAGCACAAAAGAAACACGGGCCACGGUUUGGUUACCACACCUCCAAGUUUACCAUUGUCUGAAACACAGGAGCAGUGACAGAAAAGAAAAGAGUCUGACGACGGCAGAGGACGGCAGAGGACGGCAGUCAGUGCCUUCUUUAUCACUGGAACAACUGUUGGUACAACUGGAGUCUAGGACAGAGGGACAGGAGGGACGGUCAGGACAGAGGAACGGUCAGGACAG